AUGGGCCUAUAUAAAAAUAACAAUGCUAACUUUUUUUAUGGAAAAAAAUAUAGACAGAUUUCAAGAGAACUAGAAAGGAUAAAUAAUAUCAUUUUAAAAUACAAUAAAAACAUAAAAAAAUGUAUUAAAAAUAAAAAAAAAUGCUUAGAUGAAUUAUAUAUAUUAGCGAGUUAUGAAAAUUUUUUAAAAAAGAAAUAUGAAACAUAUCAAUGUAAGUUGGAGGGCUAUAUAAAUGAAGAAAAAGACAAGAUGAAAAUAAAUGAAGUAAUUAAAGGAAGAAAUAAAAAAUACUACAAUAGUCCUAAUAAUAAUAAAAUAUUUUCUUAUAAUGUCAAUUUAAUAAAUGAUGAUAAUCUUUUUAAGAAAAAAAAAAAUAAAAAAAUAAAAAAUAAAAUGAUAACCUUGAUGAUAAAUAAGGGUAACGACAAAGAUAAAAAUUUACAUAAAAAUGAGAUGAAAGGUGUUGAUCAUGUUUUUUUAUAUAAUAAUAAUAAUAAUAAUAAGAAAAAUAUUACAAGUAUGGUUUCUUCUUUGGGUUAUGGAUAUAUAAAAAGGAAGUGUGUAACAAAUAAAUAUAUUAAAAUCGAACAAGAAAAUAAUAAGAUGGAUGAAAAUAAAAAUAAAAAUAUACAUAGUGUUAAGAACGACGAAAUAAGAAAACAUUCAACCAUACAACCACUCUAUCAUAGUAAUAACAAAGAAAAGAUAAUUACAAAAAAUGUUGUAAAAGAUGAAAGUGCAAAUAUAAUCAAAGCAUAUGAUAUUAAUAAAUAUGAUAAUAAUAUUAUAGAAUACAAACAAGAACACAGGGAAAAAGAAAAAAAUAAAAGUAUGGAAAAUAUGAAUAUAUGUGAUAUAAUAUAUGAAAAAGAACAAUCUCAUAACAUUUGCAAUAUAUUAGAAGAAAAUAAAGAGGAAGAAAAAUAUAAGCCUCCACCAAACGAUGUUAUAAUAGAUUGUGAUAAUAAUAAUGUAAAGGGUGAAGAAUAUGAUAAUGAAAAAGAAAUUAAAAAUGUUCCAAUUAUAAAUGAUAAGAAUAUUGAAAAAAAUGCGGCAAAAAAGAAAAAAAAACAUAAAAAAAAAAAUAAAAAAAAUAAAAAAAAUAAAGAAAAAAAUAACGAUGAUGUAUUAAAACAUCUGGAAAAUAAUGUACAAGAUUUAGAAUUAUUGUAUGAAGAAAAAAUUAUAAAUGUCAAUACUAAAAAAGAUGAAGAACUGAAUGUAAAAAAUAAAUAUAGCGAAAAAGAUAUUGUUCAUGAUAUUCUUAGUGAAUAUUCAAAUACAUUACAAUAUACAAGUUUCCUUGAUUAUAUGAAAGAUAAGAUGGACUAA